AUGUUUCCAACGUCUUUGUUAAUUGGUGCCCUUUUCUAUCAAAUUAUUUUAGCUGGUAACUACUUAAAUUUGCCAGGUGAAAUAUCGAAACAAGUUGCCGCUCGGUUUUUGCAUAGGAACAAACAGAGUGAUUCUAGAUGUGAAAAUGACGAAAAGUACUGUAAAAGCAACAGAGAUAGCUGCAUGCGACAUACCGAGAAUUUUAGAGAAGUCUUGUGCGCAAGGAACAAUUCCUGCCCGUCUGGACAGAUCUGUUACCUGUCGAACCCUUGCCCUGCUAACCGUAGUACUGGAUGUACAACAAAUGCUUGCUACAGACUACCUUGUCAAAAUGGCGGUUCUUGUUUCAUGGACUCUAGUACUAAAGGAUACAGAUGUGAUUGUCAACAUGGAUUAGAUCCAGCAACGGAUUGUCAAACUCAACCAAAAGGAUUAAUAAUAAUUAAAUGCCACAAAAAUACAUGUCAAAAUGGAGGAAAGUGUUUGAAAUAUCUAUCCCUAGAUACUACAUGGUGUUUAUGUCGAAAAGGAUUUGAUGGGGAAAAUUGUGAGAAUAACAUCGAUGAGUGCCAAUCUUCCCCAUGUGUCAAUGGGAUCUGUAAUGACCUUAUCAACAUGUACAGCUGUGGGUGUCAGCCUGGCUUUACAGGUGUCAACUGUGAAACAGACAUCGAUGAGUGUCAAAGUUCUCCAUGUGUCCAUGGAAACUGUACUAACCUUAUCAACAUGUUCACCUGUGAGUGUCAACCUGGCUUUACAGGUGUCAAAUGUGAUACAGACAUCAGUGAAUGUGUUUAUGGGAAUUGUACAGAUGAUGUCAUCAGAUACAAUCCUGGGUGUCAACCUGGCUUUACAGGUGUCAAAUGUGAUACCGAUGUCAAUGCAACGGAAGCGGACAGUACAUCAUUACCACCUCACAGGACAACUAUAAAAAGCUACAACAAUACGUGUCGCUCAUUUCCAUGUGUCCAUGGGAAUUGUACUGACCAUGUCAACAAUUACACCUGUGAGUGUCACCCUGGCUUUACAGGUGUCAAUUGUGAUACAGAAAUCACCAAUUGUCAGAAUUCCCCAUGCGUCAAUGGGAACUGUACUGACCAUGUCAACAAUUACACCUGUGAGUGUCAACCUGGCUUUACAGGUGUCAACUGUGAUACAGAAAUCAUCAAUUGUCAAAAUGUCCCAUGUGUCCAUGGGAAUUGUACUGACCAUGUCAACAAUUACACCUGUGAGUGUCAACCUGGCUAUACAGGUGUCAACUGUGAUACAGAAAUCAUCAAUUGUCAGAAUUCCCCAUGCGUCAAUGGGAAUUGUACUGACCAUGUCAACAAUUACACCUGUGAGUGUCACCCUGGCUUUACAGGUGUCAACUGUGAUACAAAAAUCAUCAAUUGUCAAAAUUCCCCAUGCAUCAAUGGGAAUUGUACUGACCAUGUCAACAAUUACACCUGUGAGUGUCACCCUGGCUUUACAGGUGUCAACUGUGAUACAAAAAUCAUCAAUUGUCAAAAUUCCCCAUGCAUCAAUGGGAAUUGUACUGACCAUGUCAACAAUUACACCUGUGAGUGUCACCCUGGCUUUACAGGUGUCAACUGUGAUACAGAAAUCAGUGGGUGUAUCAGCUCCCCAUGUGUACACGGCACGUGUCAGAAUAACACAGCAACAUACUCCUGUACCUGUGAUUCUCUGUAUGGCGGAAUAAACUGUGAUGAAGUGAAUGCUAGUGUUGUCGUCCCCUUGGUGACAGUACCCAUCGCUGCUUCUGCUUUAGGAGGUUUAGGUUUUACCUUGUGGAGAAAAAAAAUUGGAAAAAAGAAUUCCACUUCACCUUCACCUGAUGAUCAAGAACUAGGACAAAGUGAAGACUGUGAGAGGAAUCCUGACAAUGUUCAGUCUUGUUAACUGCUCUAUCCACCGUGUAGACAUAUAGAAUUGUUACAUGUAACUUAGUGGACAAUUUCAUC